CGACCGACGAAGCCACGAGCGAAGGCAUCAAUACCACAAUCAUCAACCUUCCUCGUAAGCCCGCGCAGGACCAUCUCACAAGACACCACCGCCGUCCAUCCAGCACCAGACACGACUUCCUGGCCCAUUCGACAUGAACCAGCUGCGUAAGCUUGCCAGUUACGUCGUGGAAAGUUCAUUGAAACCAUCGGCAUCGUCGGCGCCGCCGAGUCCACACACCGCACCAGUUCCUUCGUACAAGCAUCUAGACUUGACGUACGUGACAACACGCCUUCUCGUGAGCGGUCAUGCUAUUGACGGACCGACCGACAAGAAGAGCUGCGUGAACAACGCAGGGGAGAUGAAGUCGUACUUGGACGCGGCCCACGCCGGAAAGUACGUCGUGUUCAACCUGAACGACGAAAGCGCCGACACGGCGGUGAUUUCCCCUCAAACGUUGGACUUUUCAUGGGAGCGCGACGGCGGCAUUCGCACGUACACCCCUCCGUCGGACCAUAUCUUCCGCAUAUGCUACGCCAUCUUUGCGUGGCUGGCGUUGGAUGCAGAGAACGUCGCGCUACUGUACUGCCACAACGGAAAGACCCGCAGUGGGGUCAUCUGCGCGUGCUAUUUUUUAUUUGUCCGCACCGUCGACGACCCCAUGUCCGCCCUGGCACAGUUCUACCAGAAGCGCCUCGGCAUCGAUACGUUGACCCCGGAGUACGUCAAGAAGAGCAUGCCCAUCUCGAUUCAAAGAUUCGUGUCCAACUUUUCCACUAUCAUGAACACCCAAGCCAUUCCCAACCCCGAGCCGUUGGUGCUCAAAGCCAUCAUGUUUCGCGCGCUGCCGGUGGAGAUGGCGCCGCUGGUGCAGCUCUGGGAUGACCACAAGAUGGUGUUUUCCUCGGCUUCGAAUGACUCGUCCAAGCCCGUGAUGGACUGGAACCCCGAGGAUGGCUUCUUGGCCAUUCUGUGGGAAACUGGCAUUCCUUUAGACGGCGGAUUUACCAUCUUGUGCUCGUUUGGCGACGAUUAUGACGGUGCCGACAACGACGGGUCGUCCCCACCCGACCCAGCAUCCCGCGUGCUAUUUCGGUACAUGAACUCGACGUGGUUUCUCCACUCGGGUCUUGUGACUCUGCAAAAGCCCAUGCUGGACAUGAUCAAGCAGUACGAGCACGGGUUCGACCUCGACAACUUUAGCGUCGACAUGGUCUUCCACGACAGUCUCGACCCGCCUAAGCCGACCGUCCCCGUCGAUUAUACUGGCAAUUACGCCGUCAAGCAGGGGAUUGUCGAGAUGGCGAGCCACCACACGACCGCACCUGACCCGUCCAUGUACAUCAACUUUGUCAAAAACGGGUUCGAUGCGACCGCGUCUACGUUUGCGCUGCAACGGGCGCAGAACGCGCCGAAUGUGGCGCUGGACAUUUUGCAUUCCGAAGGGAUUUCGACCAUCUUUACGCGGUUACUGCCGCUGCAUCCGUCGCCUUUGAAAGCUGCGGCAGCUGGGAAACCCUUUACGUUUCCCAGAGGCGAUGGUCCAAGUAGUAGUACUAAUAGUAGUACUAGUAGUAGUAGCCCCACCACCACCAUCACGUCGUACAGCGACAACCAAGACCGCCAAAGUAUUCUCCCAAACACUAGCGUGCAAGUUGCUACCGAUGGGGCGACCAUGGGGUUAACUGGGCGAGACCUGUGUGCCGACGACGCGCCUUUGAGUGGCGGAAUCGUGAGAAGCCACUACGGAGGACCUCGACGCCAUUCGCUGGACGCCACAAGAGCUCCAUCCAUUUCCGUACCAUCAGUACAGCCUGUAGUCAAGUUUGAAGACGCCGUGUGCGCCGUGUGCAGGGAAGAGGACUACGUGCUACGGCCCCAACUCGUGCGAUGCAACGUCGCGAGCUGUCGCCGAUACUUUCACACGACAUGUGCCGGGCUCAAGAAGAUUCCAUUUGGCCUCACGACAAUGAGCGACCGCGCCAAUCAUGCCGCGUACAUGAAGAAGUUUUUUGGGGCGUGGGAGUGCGCCGACUGCCAAGCUGCUUCCCGCCAAUCAAAAACAGUAGCCACGACAACAAUAGCAAUAGCAGCAGAUUCGCCAAGCAAAACCAGCCCCACCAAGCAAAAACUCGAGAAGCUUCGGCUGUUGCUGGAUGAGAAGGGACUCUCACUCGAUGAUUUGCUCCAAGCAGCCGACGCCAAAGACACUUCGGCCGCUCAACAAGUACAACUACCACUGGCGUCGUCAUCAUCGGCGGCGGUGGACAAGUACCAGCGUAUGGCGGACAAUGGGGUGCCGCGGGAAGCCGUGCACAACUGCAUGGUGCGCGACGGCGUGCCGGACCCGUCGGACUUGCUCCAGCAUGUCAAGCCCAAGACACGAUCAAACGCUGUCGCAGAGAAUGCAGCAGCAUCCCAGCCAGAUGUGCUCUUGCUCCGACAUGCGAUACAGUUUCACGGGUACUUUGAAAUGCUGCAAAAGGGGUGCUCCAAGGACGCAGUCAAGCACAAGAUGAAAAUGUGUGGGCUGAACCCAGACAUUUUGGACUUGAACCCGAACGCCGUCUACGUGGACGUCCGCGACCAGAUCGAAGCGCUGCAGACGCAGUACUCGCAGCCGAAAGCGUCCCCCCACAAGCCGGACACCGCCGCUGGUAGUCCGGUGAAACCAGUCGGGGCCUCCACGACACCUCCGUCCUCCCAAGAAUCACAAGCGCAGAGUAGCGUUAUAUUGCCAACUUUGCCGCUAAAGCAAGAAGAAGAGCCGGAGACUGCCCCGGUUCCAGACGUGGAUUCGCCCAAGGCAUCCGGCAAACUCCAGGACGAUGCCACGUAUGCCAAGUACUUUAAGAUGCUUCGGUUGAAUAUCCCCGAAGAAGCCGUUCGAUUGAAGAUGAAGGAACAUGGAGUCAACUUGAAGGCGUUGGAACUUGGCCCGGAUGGGCUGGUGUCGGACUUGACUACUGCGGAACCAGCCAAAGCCGAAGCUCCACUGCUCAAAGAUGAUCCAGUCUAUGGCAAGUACUUUAAAAUGCUCAAGAUGAACAUCCCCGAAGAAGCCGUUCGAUUGAAGAUGAAGGAACAUGGGGUCAACUUGAAGGCUCUGGAGUUGGGGCCGGAUGGGCUGGUGUCGGACUUGACUACUGCGGAACCAGCCAAAGCCGAAGCUCCACUGCUCAAGGACGACCCAGUCUAUGGCAAGUACUUUAAAAUGCUCAAGAUGCACAUCCCUGAAGGAGCUGUGCGACAAAAGAUGAUUGAGCAUGGAGUCAACUUGAAGGCUCUGGAGUUGGGGCCGGAUGGGUUGGUGUCGGACUUGACUACUGCGGAACCAGCCAAAGCCGAAGCUCCACUGCUCAAGGACGACCCAGUCUAUGGCAAGUACUUCAAAAUGCUCAAGAUGCACAUCCCCGAAGGAGCUGUGCGACAAAAGAUGAUUGAGCAUGGAGUCAACUUGAAGGCUCUAGAGUUGGGGCCUGAUGGGUUGGUGUCAGAUUUGAUGGUCAAAGCUCUGCUCAAGGACGAUCCAGUGUACGCCAAGUACUUCAAGAUGCUCAAGAUGCACAUCCCUGAAGGCGCCGUGAAGCAAAAGAUGAUUGAGCAUGGAGUUAACCCCAAGGCGUUGGAGUUGGGGCCUGAUGGGUUGGUGUCGGACUUGACGGCUGGUUCGACGUCGCCGCCCAAGCCGGUGAAAAAAGUGAUCCGCCGAAAGAAGCUGUUCUGGCAGGCGCUGCCGGAAGACCGACUCAAGCGCGCGUCGAGCACGAUCUGGGAGGACGAGGACCACCACAUCCAGCUCGACAUGGACGAGAUCGAAACUCUAUUUUUCAAAGACACUGCCAAAGCGGCCUUAACCAGCGGCGCCCAGAAACCGCUCGCUCGAAAGCAAGCCGUGACGCUGGUCGAUGGCAAGCGCGCUAUGAACGCCGCGAUCGCAUUGGCGCGCAUCAAGCUGAGCUACGCCGACGUGGCCAAAGCCAUCGACACGUUCGAUGCCAUGGGGCUGACGCUGGAGCAGCUGACCACGAUCAACGAGUUCCUCCCGACAAGCGAAGAAGUUCGAGUCGUCCAGAGGUACACGGGCGACCCAGCCGUGCUAGGGGAGGCGGAGAAAUUCUUUGCCGCGAUCUCGACGGUGCCCCGGUUUGCAACCAAGAUGGAGUGUUUGAUCUCCAAGCAAGCGUUUGGUUCGCACGUGGCCGAAGUCACAACGUCGCUGCACAACGUAAUCAAAGCAUGCGAAGACGUCAAGGAGAGCCGCCUGCUCAAGCUACUUCUGGGCACGGUGCUCAAGUUGGGCAACACGUUGAACGGCGGCGAAGAGACCGAACAUGCGAUCCGCGGCUUUUCGGUCGAUUCGUUGCUCCGGCUCGGCCACACCAAGACUAACGACCAGAAGACCACCGUACUGCACUACUUGGUGCGCGUGCUACGGAAAAACCAGCCCCAUGUGCUCGAGUUUCAGUCGGAGCUCCAGCAUGUUUCGCUGGCGGCGCGAGAAGCCAUCGAGUCCAUCGAUCAAAUGUACGCGGCCCUCGACGCCGACGUGAAAAAGACUGCCGACGAAUGCCGCCAUAUGCAAACGGACGAGGCUGACCCGGCGGUGAUCGCGUCGUUUCAAGCUGCAAUUGCCCACGCCACGCACGAAUUGGAGAUUGUGCAGCGCCAUAUUGGCGACAUGAAGCACCAGCUCACGACCGUGUUCGAGUACUUUGGAGAGGAUCCGACCAAGAAACCGAGCGAGUUUUUCCAAACGCUGUCGUCGUUUUGCUUGGCAUUUGAAAAGGCCAAGCAGCAAGUCGAGGCCGCCGACCAAGCCAAGGAACGCGCCGAACGAAACACGAGCAAAACUCGUCCGCGGGCGUCGACUCUGUUGCAUCCAGCGGAAAAAGCCAAACUUAUGAUGGCAAAGAACUCGUUUUCAUUCAAACACAACAAUGCCCACAAGCUGGUUCCCACGACGACAAUGACAGCAAAAGCGUCGUCCUCCACCUCCAGUGCAGACCUCGAUCGAACAGCAUCUUCGCGCUUUUAAUAUAGCAAUCAAUUGCGCCUAGUACCCACCACACUGAUCAAUAUCAACCACCCAUACAACAUGCUGGUAGUAGUAGUAGUCCAGUAGUAACCAAAGUUCCAUUCUACUUUACGACAAGGGCAAGGUUUAAUAUAUGUAUGUGCAC